AUGUUUUUAUGUUUUGUAACAUUUAGGUCCUAAGUUUCAUUUCUAGGGAAUGCAUGUACUCAUAAAAUGUACAGUGUAACUUUAUUGCACUGGAACUUGCUUUGAAUUAAAGUGUCUACCAAGUCCAAUAAUAGAAAAUCAUUUUCAUUUGUCUAAUGUUUUGCAUGGGUGGAAUUCUAUAGAGUGAAUUUUGUUCAAAUAAUGGCUGUAAAUUAUUUUACAAUGCCAAUGCAUGAAUCACAAAGCUGCUGGUAAUUAAGUGUCAUAAACAAAAUCUGAAUGUGAGCAGAGAUGUUUGACCAGGUUAAUUUGCACGUACAAGGAACUUAUACGGACUAUAGUUCAAAAAUUCCAAAAUCUGUAAGAAACUCCAUUAAGGGAUCUUUUUUUUCCAAAGACUGCCAUCGUAUCACUGCAAAACUACACACAGAAUCAGUGUUUGCUGUGGAAAGUUUUUGUUUUCUUACUCUUCCCAAAGUCUGUCACAGUGCCCCCUGCUGGGGCCAUGCCCCACCUGCUGAACAAUGACACUUCCUUCAGCUCCAAGCAAGAGCUCUUGGUCCUACAUGACAGUCCAUUGGGACCCAGCCUGGACACUCCCAGCCCAGUGGAGUCCCAGGGCUCUGGUCCAGGCAGCCCAUCUGGAGAUGCCCACACUGUGCUCCACACGACAGGCAAAAAGGGGCUUUACCUCACAGAGCCACCCACUGGGGUGAAGUUUGUUCCGACAGACUCUGAAAAUCUUUGUGGAUGGGGAGCACUGAGCCCACGGUGUAUCCAGACCUUCAACACUCCACGCUGGUUUCUCUUCUUCCUCUGUGUGGCCUCCUUCCUCCAGGGCAUGAUCAUCAACGGCUUCAUCAACACUGUCAUCACCUCCAUUGAGAGGCGUUUUGACCUGCACAGCUACCAGGCAGGACUCAUCGCAAGCUCCUAUGACAUUGCUGCUUGUGUGUGCCUGACUUUCGUGAGCUACUUUGGUGGUACUGGUCAUAAGCCUCGAUGGCUGGGCUGGGGUGUGCUCAUCAUGGCACUGGGCUCUCUGGUCUUUGCCCUGCCCCAUUUCACCACACCACCUUAUCAGGUGAGAGUCCCGGAGCGUAUGGGACUGUGCUCAGCCAAUCACACUGAGGCGUGUGUCGGCGAGGAAGGUGGGCUCUCGGCUUAUCGUUACGUCUUUAUGCUGGGCCAGUUUCUGCACGGGGUCGGAGCAACCCCUUUGUACACCCUCGGGGUCACCUACCUAGAUGAGAAUGUCAAGUCAAACUACGCACCUGUAUAUAUAGGGAUCUUCUACACAGCUGCCAUUGUAGGACCUGCGGCUGGGUACUUGUUGGGUGGAUUCUUUCUCAACAUCUACACAGAAAUCGACCAGACGACAGAGCUGACUCCUGAAAAUCCGCUGUGGGUGGGAGCUUGGUGGAUUGGUUUCCUGGCAGGAGGAGCAGCAGCUCUGGUUAUCGCUCUGCCUAUACUGGGUUACCCACGACAGCUACCAGGCUCUCAGCGGUAUGUGGCCAUGCGGGUCUCAGAGGCCCACCAGCUGAAGGAUGGCAGUCAGAUCACUGCAGCCGAUCCUCAGUUUGGCAAAACAGUAAAGGACAUGCCCAGGUCAGUGCUGCUUCUUUUGAAGAACCCUACCUUCAUCUUUCUGUGUCUCGCUGGUGCCACAGAGGCCACGCUCAUAGCUGGAAUGUCCACGUUUGGCCCCAAAUUUCUAGAGUCUCAGUUUAGUCUGAGUGCAUCAGAGGCAGCAACCUGGUUUGGUUAUAUGGUGGUACCAGCUGGUGGAGGAGGCACCUUUCUGGGUGGCUUCAUUGUAAAGAAGCUGAACCUUCGCUGCCGUGGGAUUAUCCGUUUCUGCAUGCUGUGCGCAGUGGUCAGUCUGACAGCUAUCUUCAUCUUUUUGGUACACUGUCCUAAUGUGCCCAUGGCAGGAGUAACUGCCCCAUACUACAAUAACUUUACACACAACCACUACAGCGCCCCCUACCUGCAGACAGAGAUCCAUAACAACAGCUUCUCAGAUCUGGGCAAUCUGACCGCAGCCUGUAACACUGGCUGUCACUGUGUUAAGGAGUUGUUUAACCCCGUGUGUGGUGCGGAUGGAGUGAUGUAUUUCUCUCCCUGCCAUGCUGGCUGUAGCUCCAUCAACCACACAUAUAGCCUCAGAGGCAGACAGGUGUUCUCUGGAUGCAGCUGUGUGGUGGGGAAUAUAUCAUGGGGAGAACAAGGUUUUGCUGAAGAAGGGAGGUGUGUGUCGUCCUGCAAUCACAUGCCAGCCUUCCUCACCUUCCUCUUCAUCAUCAUCUUAUUCACGUUCCUCUGCAGCAUCCCUGCACUUACUGCCACACUCAGGUGUGUUCCUGACAGUCAGAGAUCGUUUGGACUUGGAAUCCAGUGGAUUGUAGUAAGGACUCUCGGUGGGAUCCCAGGCCCUAUAGCGUUUGGCUCUGUGAUUGACAUCUCCUGCCUGCUGUGGGAGGAGCAGUGUGGGGAAUACGGCUCCUGUUACCUGUACCACAACUCAGCCAUGAGCCAGUACUCGCUCAUCGCAGGCAUCAUCUACAAGGUUUUAGGCACUAUUUUCUUUUUUCUGGCUGCCAUGCUCUACAAGCCGCCCCCCGAGUCUCCUCAGAGCAGCUGUGAGAGCACAGAUGUGGGAGGGGGAGAGGCCAGAGACCUGCCAAUCAAAGACCUCCCCGCUGAGAUCAUUUCCAACCCGCAUGCCAAAUUAUGACCUCAGUCUACAAAUACACCGACACCUCAGCUCAAAGUGUGUGUGUACGCGUCUGUGUGCAUGUGUGUGUAUAAGGUCAACACCAUCACUGUUCACUGUGCCCCUUCCUGCUGGCUGUACAUCAUUCCCAACAUGCAUUUGUUAUAUGUUCCCAUAUACUGAGUCCACCGACCAAGACAUGAGGACUAAAAGCAUUUAUGUCACAAUAAAUGACCAAAGGUGAAAUCAGAGCAUAUAUGCUACAUAAACAGAACCUACCAAAAGGCAACAUAAUCUUAAUUUGACAAGAGAUUAUUUAUGCGUAUAAAAUGGUAUUAUUUAUAUAAUUUAAAUGUCAAAUUAGAGCAUUUUUGAAAGGAAAAAGCCAUGGAUGAUAUAGAAAAAGAGCACUUAAUAUAAAUGUAAUGGAAAGAGAGUAAUAUAACUGUGCAGAUGUUAUAAAGUGUUAAGCUGUUAUAAAAUAUUAAAUAUAGUGGAUUCAAAUGCAGAGCAGUUAUACAAAAAAAACAACAACAGACAAUUACAAACUCUGCCUUUAAAAAGAGUUUUGCAUUAGUCAGCACAGUUAGAAAGAUAAUACAGGAAAAAAAGAAAAUAUC